AUGGAUACUUCUCGGUACAUUCAGUCGUGCAAUCCAUCUCGCUUUGUUGUUAGUUGUUCUCUAUUGAUUUUUUCAAUUCUGUUUGCAUUGCGAAUUGAUGAAUAUAUUAAAAUUAGUUAUUGGCUUGUUUUCUUACCAUUGUUCACAUGGAAAUUCCUUGUAGUUUUUGGUGCAUGCAUUGGAAUUUUCGUCUGGUGUAGAAAUGGUGAUGGAAAUAGAAUCAUUCGGACGCCAGACAAUGAUUGUCAAGCACUGAUUAUUUAUUUUGUCAUGCAUAUUCUUAUACUUACAUUUGAACUACUUGUAUGUGACAAACUAGAAAAGCGUCUUGAAACUCGUUGGAUUACAUGUUUUACUCCAUUACUUAUAUGUAUACUAAUUUCUUCUAUAUCAUGUCUAUGGUCAUUGAAAGCACAAAGAAAUUUUCUUAUGCAAGGCUUUAUUUCAGCAAAUGGACUUUUAUUUUUAUUUUUUCCAUUUCGUCUAGAUUCUUUUAUUACAUGGCGAUAUGUCGUCGUCUUUAUUCCAGUAUGGAUAUCUUUAUGUGUGGCUUUAAUAUUUAUUGUUGUAAAAUUCAUUCUUGCUAUUAUUUAUCGAUGUUCUCAACGUGCACUAUCCAAUUAUCGUGAAUUAAGUACGAUUACAGAAGCUAUUACUUAUGUAGUUUUGUUCAUUCCAUUUAGUAUUUUCUUGAUUUUACUGGUUAACCGACUCGAUUAUGAAGAUACUGACCAAACGAAAAGGCUUUCAUUCACUGUGAUCGCUGUUCCUUUAUGGAUUGCAUUAAUUGCUUGGCUUACUUUGUCAUUUGGUGCUACUGAUACUAAUCCAUGGUGGUUUGGUCUUCAACGUAAUUUAUGUGAAACUAUUCUUGAGCAAUGUCCAUCACUAUCAAUUUAUUUCAAUAAUCGAUUUAGAUUUCCAUCAGAUACAUCAAGAAAUGAUUCAAUGUCUGGUCUGGCCAUAUCGACAACAGUUAAGAAUAUCGAAUCGAUUGAUGCAAACAAAUUAACUAUAGUAAACACAAACAAUGAAAAGAAUCUCACUUCACAAGAUCCUUCCAUGUCAUUAUUAGAACCCGAUUAA